UAAAAAAUUCUAAAAAUAAUAAAAAUAAUGGAUUAACCUAGUUUCCAUGCCUAAAUUUAAAGAGCUUUUUUAACAAGGCUUUUAAGUAAUGUUUGAGAAACCGAUUUAAAAAUAUGCCUUCGUCGAAAACCAAAUUAAAAGCUCCCACACAACCAAACAUUUUCAAGAGGUAUUUUAAAGUUAGUACCCUUAAAAAACUGGUGUUGGAUCCCCAUUAUUUAGGCCCCGUAUGCUUCUUGGUGUUUCUUUUCGAAGCAUGCUUGAAUAUAUUUAUUAUCGAACGAGUCAAGUACACUAAAAUCGAUUGGGAUGCCUAUAUGCAAGAAGUAGAAGGAUUUUUAAAUGGUACUUGGGAUUAUCAGUACCUUAAAGGCGAAACAGGCCCAUUAGUGUACCCAGCAGGUUUUGUUUACUUGUAUACAGCAUUUUAUUAUGUAACAAACCAAGGCAGCAACGUAUACUUAGCUCAGUAUAUAUUUUUGGUAUUAUACCUUAUUCAAACCUUACUGAUACAUCGAAUAUACCGAAUUACAGCAAAAAUCCCGCCCUAUGCUUUAAUUCUAGUCACUCUGACUUCAUACAGAAUUCAUUCUAUAUUUGUAUUGAGACUUUUUAAUGACCCUGUCGCCGUACUGUUGUUUUAUAUUAGUUUAAACCUGUUUAUUUCAAACAAAUGGAAGUUAGGCAGUGUUUUUUAUUCCUUGGCAGUUAGUGUUAAGAUGAAUAUUUUACUGUAUGCUCCCUGUUUAUUAGUAGCUUAUCUUACUAAUUUAUCUUAUACAGAAACAACAAUAAAUUUGUUUAUUUGUGGAUUUAUUCAGCUGGUCCUAGCAGCACCAUUCUUAUAUACCAAUCCAUUUUCUUAUAUUAAAUGUAGUUUUGAUCUAGGACGAGUUUUUGAGCAUAAAUGGACAGUAAAUUAUAGAUUUCUUUCACAACAUAUAUUCGAACAUAAAUAUUUUCAUAUAGGUUUGCUCAUUUUACACAUAUUUCUACUAAUAAUAUUUCUUCCACUCUUGAGAAAAUAUUUGAGUAGUUACGCUAAGCUUCAAGUAAUUUCAAGUACAUUGAAUUCACAAAUUCAGGAAGAAAAGUACAGGAAAAUGCUUAAUAAAAGGAAAGCCAAUGGACAAAUAUCGAAGAAAGAAAAAAUGUACCUUAAUGUAAUAGAGAACCAGAUGAAAUCAAACUCUAGAGACUCCCAAGACAGUUUUUAUGAAGAAAAAGUAAAAUUACAAGAUCGCAUGGCAAAAAUAUCACAAUUAUUCGUUUUACCAUUUUUUAUAACGAAUUUAAUAGGUGUAGCCUGUGCUAGGUCAUUACACUAUCAAUUUUAUAGUUGGUAUUUUCAUAGUCUACUGUAUUUAGUGUUUUGUACAAAUUAUAGAAUACCUUUUAGAUUUUUAUUAUUAGGUAUUAUAGAGUUUUGUUGGAAUGUUUAUCCUAGUACAAACAUUUCAAGUAUACUUUUACAUUUUUGCCAUAUAAGUUUGAUAUUUGGUGUGUUUCAAACUAUGAGAGCUUAAAAAACUGUUUUAGCAUGAUAAAUUGUAUAAAAAUAUUUUUCUGAGUGUACAUAAAAUGUGUCAAUUGCUAUAAACAAUCACAAUUGGAUGUAUUAAAUUAUAUCGAUAUUUUUGGCAAUAAAGGAUUGUUUAUAACUA